GUAAAAGUUUUUGUAGUUAGAAGCUAUGCGACACCGUAUAAUGAUGUCGUCGUCAACGUUUUAAAAAUUCAUCGAAUCAUCAGAUUCAUCAACCAAAGUCCUGGAGUCCAUGCGUAACCGUGAUCUUACAAAAGAAGGAUUUGCAGAACAGAAUACUAGAAGCAAGAAAAGGAUGGGUUUAUAUAGAUAUUGUGCAUUGUUGUUGUGGGUUAGUCUUACAUCAUUAUUACCAAUAGUGUUAUCAAAAGAACAACUGAGUUCAAGAGAAUGUGAGAAUCUAGGUUUUUCAGGACUUGCUCUUUGUUCAGAUUGCAAUACUUUCUCUGAGUAUGUCAAGAAUCAAGAGUUAGUGUCUGACUGUUUGAAAUGUUGCACUGAGGAUUCUGAUGACUCCACGAGCAAGAUUACUUAUUCUGGUGCAUUAUUGGAGGUUUGCAUGAGGAAGUUAGUGUUCUACCCUGAAAUUGUUGGUUUCCUUGAAGAGGAGAAGGACAAAUUUCCGACUGUUAAAGUUCAAUAUGUUUUCAAUUCUCCACCAAAGAUGAUUAUGCUGGAUGAUGAGGGUCAACAUAAAGAAACCAUCAGAAUUGACAACUGGAAACGUGAACAUGUGCUGCAGUUCCUGAGAGAAAAGGUUAAGCCUGCUUCAUACUAAUGGACUGGUUUAAUUUAGUUGAUUCAGUCUUUAGUGUUUUUGCAAUUUUAAGUUUUGCUUGAACGUAUUGAGAAAGAAAAAUCAAUUUGAGAAAAUGCAUUGAUAUUGAACACUGGACAUCCUCUAGUCUUGUAAACCCCCUAAAGACGGGCUGCACUUCUCUAGUAUAGUUUUUCAUUCAGUGUCAACUUUUGUGAGCAUGUAUUCACAAAUUAAGAGCAUCUAAAAUUUGUGCGAAUGUUCCACAUAAGAUUAACCGAACAA